ACGUUGGAGUCUAGCUGGGAGCCACCCAUCUUUAGCAAGGGAGGAUUGUCAGUCUAGUGGGGUGUGCAGUGGUGAGCACCCCAGCUUCUGCCAGCCAUCCCCCCACCCCCACCCCCAGCAGCAGCAGCAGCACCACAUACACAAAAAAAUUGGAUACAUUUUGAAUAAAGCGAUUCGGUUCCUUAUCCGGGGACUGGGUUGCUCGGUGUGAUUGGCCGGCGGAGUCACAUGGUGAAAGUAACUUUACAGGGUCGCUAGCUAGUAGGAGGGCUUUAUGGAGCAGAAAAACGACAAAGCGAGAAAAAUUAUUUUCCACUCCAGAAAUUAAUGAUCAUGAGCUCGUAUUUGAUGGACUCUAACUACAUCGAUCCGAAAUUUCCUCCAUGCGAAGAAUAUUCGCAAAAUAGCUACAUCCCUGAACACAGUCCGGAAUAUUACGGCCGGACCAGGGAAUCGGGAUUCCAGCAUCACCACCAGGAGCUGUACCCACCACCGCCUCCGCGCCCUAGCUACCCUGAGCGUCAGUAUAGCUGCACCAGUCUCCAGGGGCCCGGCAAUUCGCGAGCCCACGGGCCGGCCCAGGCGGGCCACCACCACCCUGAGAAAUCGCAGCCGCUCUGCGAGCCGGCGCCUCUCUCAGGCGCCUCUGCCUCCCCGUCCCCAGCCCCGCCAGCCUGCAGCCAGCCAGCCCCUGACCAUCCCUCCAGCGCCGCCAGCAAGCAACCCAUAGUCUACCCUUGGAUGAAAAAAAUUCACGUUAGCACGGUGAACCCCAAUUAUAACGGAGGGGAGCCCAAGCGCUCGAGGACAGCCUACACCCGGCAGCAGGUCCUGGAAUUAGAGAAAGAGUUUCAUUACAACCGCUACCUGACCCGAAGGAGAAGGAUCGAGAUCGCCCACUCGCUGUGCCUCUCUGAGAGGCAGAUCAAAAUCUGGUUCCAAAACCGUCGCAUGAAAUGGAAGAAGGACCACCGACUCCCCAACACCAAAGUGAGGUCAGCGCCCCCGGCCGGCGCUGCGCCCAGCACCCUUUCGGCAGCCACCCCAGGCACUUCUGAAGACCACUCCCAGAGCGCCACGCCGCCGGAGCAGCAACGGGCAGAGGACAUCACCAGGUUAUAAGACAUAACUUACACCCCUGCCCCCACCCUGUGCUCCGUGUCCCCUCACACACAAAUUGACUCUUAUUUAUAGAAUUUAAUAUAUAUAUAUAUAUAUAUAUAUUGGUUCUUUUUUCUCUCUUCCUCUUGCCUCCUCCCUUGUCAGUUCCAAACAGACAAAACAGAUAAACAAACAAGCCCCUUGCCCUUUCCCCUUGCUGUUAAGGACCCCUUUAAGCAUGUGGUGUUGUCUUAGCAUGGUACCUGCUGGGUUUUUGUUGUUGUUGUUGGUUUGUUUUGGGUUUUUUUGGUCUUGUUUUGUUUUGCUUUGCUUUGCUUUAAAGGCCAUUGGGGGGUAUUUAUUUUUUAAGAAAAAAAAGCUGCAAAAAUUAUAUAUUGCAAGGUGUGAUGGUCUGGUUGGGUGAAUUUCAGGGGAAAUGAGGAAAAGAAAAAGGAAAGGGAGAUUUGUAAGUGGAUUCUCAUCCUCUCUCCUCCUCCUCCCCCCCUUUCCUUAGGCCUUCUGCAUUGAAAAUGCACCAGGGGAGGUUAGUGAGGGGGGAAGUCAUUUUAAGGAGAACAAAGCUAUGAAGUUCUUUUGUAUUCUUGUGGGGGGGGGUGGGAGGAGGGGGGAGGACAGCAAACAAAGCUAAAUGCAUCUGGAGAGCCUCUGGGAGCUGUUCAGUUUGAGGAGCCAAAAGAAAAUAAAAAUGAACUUUCAGUUCAGAGAGGCAGUCUAUAGGUAGAUGCUCCCCCUACCCUCAUCGUGGUUAUUGUGUUUUUGGACUGAAUUUACUUGAUUAUUGUAAAACUUGCAAUAAAGAAUUUUAGUGUUGAUGUGAAAUGCCCCGUGAUCAAUAAUAAACCAGUGGCUGUGAAUUAGUUUUA